AUGAAAAUAAGUGUGAAUAAUUGUAAGCAUCAAUUGAUAAUAUCUGUAAAAGAUGAGCGAUUUUAACAAGUGGAGAAUAAGAUAAAAGAAUUUCCAAAAUAAUUGAUAAGUUAUAGAGAGUUUCCAUAUAGUGUGACAGACAAAAGGACUGAAAUAAAUUAUAUAGUAAAUAAAAUAGAGGGAGGUAUUUCAGUUAGGUAAAAUUCUUUAAAGAUCUAGUUUUUAAAAGACAUAAUUAAUUGAUUACGAUCCUUAAAUAUUGAUAGAAUCUUUAAAAUUGAAGAUUGAAGAACAUUUAUAAAUAAUGGUGAGAAUAUUUUGGAGAGAAGGUGAAUUAAAAGAAAUUUUAAUUUAGAAAAUAAUAUAUUCUCCAACUGAUUUGGAGUUCAACAUAUAAUAUGGAAAGAUGUUGAAUUGUUAAUUUUAUCUUAGCAAGAUUAUUGGUAAUUGUCUAAUGAGUAAGAAAGAAGAUUGUAUUCACAUAUAUUUGAUUAAGAGUGAAAUAUUAGAUGGAUUUACUCAUACUGAAUUUCUUAAGGCACCACCACUCAAUCUUAAUAUAUUGGUAUAAUAAAAAGAUAUUUGGUCUAUUGGUGAAAUACUACAUAAUACAUUUCUUACUUCUUAAUUAAUAUAAUAAAUUUUAGUAGAAUGUAAUUGUAUUUCAUCUCUUAUUAUCAAUCAAUAUUAUCAUUUUAUUCCUACUAAAGAAUUAGGCAUCUUUGUUUUCAAAAUUAAUAGUGCUUAUUUAAAUUAAUAACAUUUAAUUGUAUCGCUUUGUUCUAAAAUUGUUAAUAAUAAAAUUUAAAUUUAUUUAAGAGAAGCUGUCUAGUAUUCAAUGCUUAUGGAACUUUAAAAAAUUGAUAUUAAUAAAUAUUUUGAUGAUUUAAAAUUUCUAAAAUUUGAAGAGUUUGAAAGAAUAAAUGAUUUUUGGGAUUUUAUAUAAAAGUUUUUUAUAACUACUUUAGCUUAUACUUUUUUUUACGACACUAAAUUCUUGUAAUUAUAAAUUUUUCAAAAAUUAAGACAUUUGUAGUUUUUUUAAAAAGUCUAAAUUCCAAUAAUAUAAAAUAUUUAAUAAUUAAAAUCUAUAAUACAUAGAAGAGGUCCUCAUCCUCAUUUAGAUCUACGAUAAAUAUGUUAAAUUUUUUAGAAUUUGAAUGAUAAAUAUUUACAUAUUUAUUUUAUAAGAUAUACAGAUGAUGUACCAAAAUUAUCACAUUUGAUGAAAAUAUAUUAAGAGAAAAUAGAUGAUCAAAUAUAGAGAUUGAAAAGUAUUAAUAAUUCAUUUGAUCAUGAAAUCAAUUAAUUAGCUAAUAAAUUAUUUAAUAUAUCAAUUGAAUUAAAUACUUAUGAAACAUCAUAAUUUGUUUUGAAAAUAUAAGGCUCAUAAAAUGGACAUUUAGAAUAUAAAUUUUCUAAAUAAUUUAUUGUGAAAAAAUACUUAGCAAAGGAGGAAUAAUGGCCAACUUUUGAAUUUCCUCAUUCAGAAGAAUAUAAAAUUUUGAAUAGUUUUUGA